AUGGAGAACCGUACACCAAUGUCAGAAAAGGCCGCAGGGAAGCAGAGGGCCCGGGCCAUGUCCGAGACCGAUGACAAUGAAGACCCGCCACUCGAAGGCCUGGAUUGGCCUCCUACGCCUCCCCGUCCUCGCCCAGCCUACACCGGAAUGGGCCAUGAUACCCCGGGCACCGAUAGUGUUGGUCUUCAGUCUCAUCCGCCUCCGACUCCCACCGCCGCUCGACCUGCAGCGCUCCAUCCCACUUCCCGUGACAUGCAUACUGCACCGUCUCAUGCUUCUCAUGGGUCAUAUACCCCGGCGGCUUCUUACCCUCAAUCUCAGUACCCAUCCACUCCUUACACCAUCUCACACCAUCGCUCCCCUGCCGCAGCGCCGGAGCCUUACCGCAGUUUCCCGACUGGCUCUCCGCAUUCGCUCAGCCAUCUCCCGCACGGCGAACCUCCGAGUCGUUGGGUCUUCUCGUCGGAAGAUCGCGGCGAACCGGCGCCGGCACGCACGCCGUCAGCCCCUGCGGGGCGAGACUAUACCAGCCAGCCAGCCCAGCGGCCUAGUAAUCGUUUCCCUCCACCUGCGCGGGGUCGGAGUCCACCUGUGAAUGUGAAGGAGGAGCCACGCAGCGACAACGAAGACUUCCCUGAGGUUUCGGAGAUCCUUUCGCAACGUAUGCCGGCCGCGAAGCCUCCGAGCCGCAGCCAAAAGCCUGCGUCAUCACGAGCCAACCCAAAGCCUGUCGCUUCCAAGGCCGCUCCAAAGCCUGCUUCAAAGGCAAAGGGCCCAGCCGCGCCGCCUUCCGCACGCAAGCGUGGCCGCUCACCGCAGGGCGCGGCACAGGUCGCUUCGGCGGCUCCGCGACGUGGUGGCCGCCAGCCGGGUGCUACGACCUAUACCGAGGCUGACUACCGUGCGAUGAUGGACUUCGUACGCGAUGUCUUGCCGCUCGGACCAGACGAAUGGGCAAGGGUCAGGUCGCUCUACAACGAGCGUGCGCAGAGGGAGGGUCGUCCUGAGCGCCAGGUAAAGCCCCUUAGGUCAAAGUUUGAGUCGCUUGCCCGUACACCCAAGCCUACUGGCGAUGCUGAGGUGCCGUGGUGGGUCGAAGAAGCAUGGAUCAUUGACAACUCCAUAAAUGAGCGUGCCCACGUCCGCCCGCUUGACGACGAUGAGGGGAUCGAUGGUGUUGGUGGAGCGCAGGGUGAUGAACACGACGUGAUCGAGAUCUUCGACUCUGACGAGGAGGAACCCAUUGUGAAACCUGAUCCCGACUCUGUGCCAGCACCCCUGCGCAAAAAGCUCAAGACCGGCGUCACUACUACGACGGCUGCAUCGAGCACUCCGGGUCGCCAGCCUCGUACUACUGGUCCCUCGGUCAGCGCGUCUCCGAGUCCAGUGACUACUAGCGCAGGGUCUGGACCACUUGCGAGCCGCCCUACGCGCUCCGGAAUCUCGAACAACCUCCUCAAUAAUCUUGCUACUGCAUUUGAUCCGGCGACUCAGACAGCACGGGAAGACGCGCGGGCAGCUCGCCAGAUGGAGAACACUGUUCUUCAGAUGCUUCUCAAUGAGAUGCACAGUACGCGCGACCGGACGGACACCCUCCUCGAGCGACUCGCAGAACAGACCCGUCGCGCCGAUCGUCUCGAAAACGAAUUGCACCGCCGCGAAUGGGAACGUCGCCAUGACUCCCAACCCCUCUAUUCAUCCUCAAGCUAUCUUGAACCCACUGGCAGUGCAUCCGCGUCAAGCCGGCUCCUCCCCUCCGCCGAGCCACUCGCACCACAAGCGAUUGCCGGGCCGUCCAACUGGUCCAGCCACCACCAGCAAUCCCCGCCGCCAGACCUCGCGCAGAUUGCAGCAAUGGCAGCACUUGCACGAGAAGAAGCAGGUGACGCCUACAUCCACUUGCAUCCGAGUCCGCAGAACGCACCUGUCUCGUUCGACCAGAAUCAUCAUAGCAGCUCUUCGGAGCCUUCGGGCCUUCCUACACCCUCCGCAGAGAACGGCCUUGUUGUAAACCCAUCACUUGCAUUGACAGUGGUCUCCGCGCUCUCGCGGCAGCAGCUCUAG